AAUGAAGGCGAGUCGCUGACUCCCUUCGCUGUUGCAGUUCAAGAGACCAGAUCAGCUCUCCAAAUCUCCCGCUCUCGCUCUCACACCCUCUCUCCCAGUCUCUCUGUUCGAGUCAAUGUCCAGCGCUGACCCCAGAGGGAAGGAGUCGUGAAAGGAGAGUGGUGGACACAGACAAACAGGGCAGCCUCUGAACUUUUAGGAAACUUUUUUUCUGUGUGUGAGUGAGAGAGAGCGAGAGGAGAGAGGGAAGGCGCCACCGCGAUGAACAUGUCUUGUAAUGAAACCACCCAGAUUUUGGACAACAACAACCCUCUGGUGAGCGUUCUACUUUUCGUGUUGGGUCUGUUGGGGAACCUUCUCGCCUUGAUCAUCCUCGGUGUACACAGGAAGGAGCUGCGGGUCAAAUCCUCUGCUUUCUGCAUCCUGGUGACCGGCUUGGCUGUCACCGACUUGCUAGGGACUUGCAUCCUCAGUCCCAUCGUAUUCGUGGAAUACGCGCACAUGAAAUCCAUGAUCGGUUUGGUUGAAGGUCACUCCCUGUGCGACAUCUUCUCCGGCGCAGUCAUCUUCUUCGGGCUGGCCCCCACUCUCAUUCUGUGCGCCAUGGCGGUGGAGCGGUGCCUGGCUAUCAGUUACCCUUACUAUUACUCUCAGCACAUCAACAGGGGCUACGCCAAGACCGCCCUGCCCUUGAUCUAUGUCUUCAGCGCCCUAUUCUGCGCCUUGCCCAAGAUGGGCUUUGGCAAACACAAGCAAUACUGCCCGGGGACUUGGUGCUUCGUCGAGAUGCAGUCCGGGGACAUCUCGGUGGUGGCAUUCUCGCUGUUGUACGCCAGCCUGAUCGCCUUCCUCAUCGUGGUCGUCUUGCUAUGUAACGCCUCGGUCAUUGUCAGUCUCUGUAAGAUGCACAGGGGCCAGAGGGGCAGGAGAGGCUCCGUCUUGUCCUCCAGGAAGCGGAGGAGGAGCGUCUUCGGUCAGAGGGAACUCGAGGUGGACCACCUAAUUCUUCUGGCCAUGAUGACCACCAUAUUCGGCAUCUGCUCCCUACCCCUGACGAUUCGUGGAUUCAUCAACGCCAUCAAACCGGACAAGGAUGACAAUCAGGACCUGGUGGCUUUCCGCUUCUACUCCUUCAACCCCAUCGUGGAUCCCUGGCUCUUCAUCCUGUUCAGGAAGUCCAUGUUCCGAACAUUCAAGCAGAUCCUCUGCUGCCGCUUCUCCGAGUCCAUCGUACGAACCAACCUCCAAGACCCGUUGAAACACCAGAGCAUUUCGCUGUGCUGAGCGGGGGAGGGGAGGGUUGGCACACAGGUGCUUCAGAGGAAGUGGCCCUGUGCCCAGCGUGGGAUCUCACCAGGGUAAAUGCCAAGGGGACUUGUACCAGAACGCAGAGAGAAACUGGCACCUCAAUCAGCCACCAUUGACUUCUUCUUCUUCUUGCGUCGGGCCUAAAGCUGCAAGACAACUUGU